UCACUACAGCUUUGCAGCACUUUUUUCAAUCCCAACAAAUACUCCUCUCUUUCUCUUUCUCUCUCUAACAACUUCAUCAUCACUACUACACCGUCGUGUUGAAUCUUCACGGAUUCAUCAUCAUCAUCGCAAUCACAGAUCUCGUGAUCGGCGAUCCAAAUGGACGGUUACGAUGGAACCGUUAGGCUUGGAGCUAUUAACAUGAAGUAUGAUCGCGGCGACUUUGACUCCGGUGCCGACGUGUCGGUUUCUUCUCCGGUUACUAAACAGAAAGCUGCCGCCGCUAAACAAUUCAUCGAGAAUCAUUACAAGAAUUAUCUUCAAGGAUUGCAGGAUCGCAAAGAUAGACGUAGAGCGCUUCAAAGGAGAGUGCAGGAAUCUCAAUUACCAGUGGAAGAGCAGGAAGUGAUGAUGAGGAAUUUGGAGCGCAAAGAAACUGAGUACAUGCGGCUUCAAAGACGUAAAAUUGGAAUUGAUGACUUUGAGCAAUUAACAGUAAUUGGUAAAGGUGCUUUCGGUGAGGUGAGGUUAUGCCGUGGUAAAAGUACUGGAGAGAUUUUUGCCAUGAAGAAAUUGAAGAAGUCAGAGAUGCUUAGCCGUGGACAGGUGGAACAUGUACGAUCUGAGAGGAACUUGCUGGCAGAGGUCGAUAGCCGAUGCAUAGUAAAACUCCAUUAUUCUUUCCAAGAUUCAGAUUUCCUAUAUCUCAUCAUGGAAUAUUUACCUGGUGGCGACAUUAUGACACUGUUAAUGAGAGAAGAUAUUCUUUCUGAAAAUGUUGCUCGCUUCUACAUUGCUGAAAGUAUUCUUGCUAUCCACUCAAUACAUCAACACAACUAUGUACAUAGGGAUAUAAAGCCUGAUAACCUUAUACUGGAUAAAAAUGGUCAUUUGAAGCUUUCAGACUUCGGCUUAUGUAAGACUCUUGAUGACAAGUAUUCAACAAUUUUACUAGAAAAUGAAGAUUUUAACGGUCAAGAAUCAACUAGUGAAACUGAAGGAUAUUUUGUCUCCCCUUGGUUGAUGCCAAAGGAAAAAUUACAGCAGUGGAAGCGUAAUCGCCGUGCAUUGGCAUAUUCAACUGUUGGAACUCUUGACUACAUGGCUCCUGAAGUUUUGCUCAAGAAGGGGUAUGGAAUAGAGUGUGAUUGGUGGUCUCUUGGGGCAAUCAUGUAUGAGAUGCUUGUUGGAUAUCCUCCAUUUUGUUCUGAUGAUCCAAGGAUGACCUGCCGGAAGAUUGUGAAUUGGAAAGCAUGCCUGAAAUUCCCGGAAGAACCCAAGAUAUCAGCUGAAGCUAAGGAUCUCAUCUGUAGCUUAUUAUGUGAUGUUGACACAAGAUUAGGAACGAGGGGAGUAGACGAAAUAAAGGCUCAUCCAUGGUUCAGGGGUAUUCAGUGGGACAUGCUUUAUGAAUCAGAAGCUGCAUAUAAACCUACAGUCAUUGGAGACUUGGACACACAAAACUUUGAGAAGUUUCCUGAUGUAGGGCCCCCAUCCGUAACAGAAACAAUGGGACCUUGGAGAAAGAUGUUGACAUCCAAAGACACUAAUUUCAUAGGAUAUACUUUUAAGAAAUCAGACAUCCUUAAAUCAAUUGGAAGUACAGAUGAAGAUAUCAGAGUAAAUGGAUCAUCAAAAUCACCCUCAUUGAUUUCCUUGUUAGGGCAAAUGGAUUUGCAAGAUGUUGUUAUUACAGAAAAUGAACAGAAGUCAGAAACUUGAAUCAAAACUUGCUUGUUUUGCUUUUACCAAGUUAUGUACUCUAUUGAUUUAAGCUUGGCAUUUGAAGAUUGUAAAUGACCGAAGGUUAGAAAGCAAGCUUAUCAAUAAUUCAAUGCAGGCAAGACUGAAGUGAGAUCAUGAAUCUUGGGGGAGUUAAUUCCUGGUUGCACAGUUUUACUUCUUUCCAAUCUCUCAAACUAUGAAGUCAAACCCUAAUCUGUUUAUAUGCAGUUCUACUUCAGUCUUGUCAAUUCCAUUCCAUUAUUCUGUUAGUAUAGAAAAAAUUUUGGAUCUUAUUUUUGUUGGUAUACAGAUAUCUUGAUUGAAUUUUUGCAAAACAAUUAUUUUUGUCUUAAUAAUGUAUGGUUCUUGUUGAAUAUGCUAAAAAAAUGAUAAACGAAUUGUUGGUGUGUUUGGUA